UGUCUCUCUGUGUUUCAUUCGGAAGCAUUUCUACACGUGCGGUGGAUAUUCGCGCGUUGACAGUCUCUGUUUACUUCAUCGAAUUCCGGUCUUCUCACUACAACUUCCACCAAUGUGACCUCUAAAUUACCCUGAAACUCUUGGAAAAGGAGGAGGCCUUUGAGUGGAUGUAAAAUGACCGAGGAUACGCCGGAAACUCCGCUCACCGCAGAGAAAAUCCGCGAGGUCUCCAAAGCUUCAGAUUUGUCGGCCAUUGACACUUUGAGCUUACAGGGCCAGGGUCUCUCACAGAUUGAAUCAGAAAUCCUACAACAGCUAACAGCUAUAGAGGAGUUAGACUUAUCAAACAACAAAUUAGUUAAACUCCAACUGCAAGAUGUUUUCCUUCCGUCACUGACGAAGCUCAAUCUUGCCAAUAACCAGCUUGCCACACUAGAAGGCUUCACUGCAUUUCCCAACCUUGUAGACCUAAAUAUUACAAACAAUCCAAAAAUAGAGGUUUCAGAAAAAUACAAGCUUGUGGCUGUAUGCCCCUUGCUCAAGCUAUUAGAUGGCAAGGAUGUGUCGAUGAUGAGGGAUGCUGUGGCCAGACUUGACUCAACUCUAGUGUCCAAGGUGGCAGAAGUAUGGAAAAGUGGGUGCCGAACGUGGACAGGGAAGCCUGAUGGGGAAGUGAAGAGGGCUUAUUUAGACAAGUUAAAGGCAGAGGUUGUCUGUGGUCCACCAAUGCUCAAGAUGUAUAGGGAAUUUAGGUUAUCAGUAUUAGGUGAAGAGUAUUAUCAAAAGAUGUUAGAGGGUGAUACGGAAGAGUCUCCAACUAAGAAAACCAAGUUAUCAGUAAAUGGAGAAGUAUUGCAAAGUAAAAAGACAAAUAGCGAUGAGAAAAAGGAUGUAAAGAAGCGGAGGCAUGCUUACCCUGCUGAUGCCCGGUUUGAGGUGUCUCACCUUUUACAGACUCACUCUCUCAAUAAUAACCCUGAUGACAGGAAGACCCAGGUGUGGGGCUGUCAGUUUGAGCCUGAUAUAAACAACCCUGGCAAAACCACCUCAAUAUGUGCCACUUGCGGUGGGGAUUCAGUCUGCUUCAUAGACUGCAGCACAGGACAAGUUUUAAAGAAGUACAAGCAGCCAGGAGAGACAUUCUAUUGUAUUGCCUGGAGUACUGUAACAGCAGAUAUAAAUGGCAACAAGCGCAAGGCGAAUCUCCUAGCGGCAGGCGGGUCAGAUAGAACAAUAAAGAUCAUAGAACCCACACAGCUAGUGUGCAUAGAGGACAUUCCAGGAAUCAAAGGAGUGCUGGAGUCACUUCUUUUUCAUCCAUGUAAUUCCACAUGGCUUGGCUGUGCUGCUGAUGAUACAAUUACAAUAUGGGAGAUAGGCCUACCCUCCGGUCUGGGGUAUGGAACAAAGUCCAAGUUGCUAUUAACGCUCAAGAGUAGAACCAUAGUCAGGUUCUUUGCAUUUGCUCCACAUGGUAUGGUGGUGGUAGGGGCUUGUGACGACGGCUGUUAUUUAUGGAAGCUAGCAGAUAUGGAUCCAACUAAUGAUAAACCCAGAAUCCCAUUUGGAAGCUUGGAGUUUCCUGGGAAGAGAUCUGUCCCUCUGGACUGUGUUCAGUGCUUAUCAGAUAGUCUAAUAGCCACAAAGAGGGUCCAGGAAGGAAGUAUUUGUAUAUGGCAUUCAGAAUCCAACAUGAUGAAGAAUGACUUUUCUUUAGUGCUAAAAGUCCCCUGGAGAAAAACAGAGACUCCAUUUCUCAAAUUCUCUUUUAUUCUUGAGUGUGAGGUUCUUGUUGCUGGAGAUGACCAAGGCUGUGUCUGGCUGUAUGAUAUGAUGCGUUUUACCCCAUACACUGAGAAACAGUCCAGGAAAUAUGAGGUGAUGGAACAGACACAGAUCCUUCUUUGUCCAAAUGAUUCCACGAAAGUGUUCAAUCAAGUCUGUGCCAACACAUCGCUGGAUUACAUUGUUGCUGUUGCUGACACUAACGUAGUAUGCAUGUGGCGGAGACUAGAACAGGGAUCAAAGAACUUGUAAAUUAUUCCUACAUUCAUGCUAUAUCAUCUACUAAUGUUUCAUUUUCUUGCAUGUUGUGUUAUCUUAAAACCACUAGCUGUACCCAUAAUAUAUAUACAUACAUUCAGACGUUUGGACACCUUUGAUUUUUCUCAAAAACUGUCUGCAAAGCUGAAAAAAAUAUUGCUUUACAGGUGACUCUGGUAUUUCUUAAGCCAUAGUCAAUGUACAAGUUUUACCAAAGCUUAUUGAACUAGUGAAAUAACAUGACAACAGCAUUUACAAGUUAUUUAUGCAGCAAAAAGUCAAAAUAGGGAUAUAUAAUGGGGGGAGGGACUCCCCCUAGAAAUACCACACAUGCUUGUCUUACCACUUAGGGGGCUAUAGCAUAGGGUCUCCCAGAAAAUAUCCCAAGGUGAAUGUCUCCAAACGCUUAUACAAAUCAAACAUCCUGUCAAACCUAGGUUUUCUGUUGAAUCAAGUAACAGGUUUCAUGUUCAAUCAAAAUGAUUAUUUGCCUGUUGUACUUUCUAUUCCUAAGGGUCUUAGAUUCAGAUCAAUGCCUUUUUGCUAUCUUUAUUAGGGGCUAAAAAGUUUUUUAGACGGACAUCCCCUGCUACCAAGGAACUUUUGUAAUCUAUAGCAUUAUUAUUAUAUAUUGUAUGGUCACGUUUCAGGGAAAACCUGAUAUUAAUGAAAGUACAACUCUACCAUGUAACUGUUAAAAGUGUUACCAUUGUUGUUGUUACAAAUGUUAAUAAUAGAGUACUACUACUUUGUAAAUUUAUGAAAAAAAAACUGCAUAGAAUAGUUAGCUAAACAUCUCUGUUUAUAUAAUAAAAUUAAUUUGUGGGAUAUGUUCCACACACAUUGCA